AUGGAUGUAACUGAAGUGUGGUGUUUUCGCUCCUCUAAAGCUCGCGGCUCGUUCAUGAGACGCUGUUUAGCAGCCUGCUACCACGGCCACUGGGAAAUAGUCGUGGCUUCUCACUAUAGCUCUCAGACGAGAGCAUUUGAACACGGGGAAUACAGCAGCAGGCCCCAGGAGGACGGGAGACACAGAGCGGGCAGUGAGAUAAAUGCGACAAAGCUGUCAGUUGAAGCAGAGAUGACCCUUCCAGCCACGCCAAGACUGAUACUGCUUGGGAACACAUUUCUCUCAGCCAUGAAAUGGAUGGUGAGCUUUGAGGGAAGAGUUGCCUACAUCUUAGAAGAGCAUCUGGGCUUUGCAGAUGCGUUGUCAGUAUUCUUCGGAUGCUUCUAUGUUUUUAACAUAGAGUACCAGGAGCCUGCAUGUGCAACCCUUGAGCUCAUUCAACGAUUCUUUGUCAGGAUAAAUCCAGAGGAGGGAACAAAGUUCUCUGCAAAAAUCGGCACAAGUCGUAAGACUGGAGCAGAGGUGAAGAGGAAGGUGGAGACUGUCAACAGCAGGGUGUCUUCCUUCCUGUGCCAGCUGACUGAAUUUGAAUGGAAGAACUUGGAUUAG